AUGGACUACUCCUACCUCAACUCCUACGAGUCCUGCGUGGCCGCCAUGGAGGCGAGCUACGAGUUCAGCCCCUGCAGCCAGGCGGGCUCCUUCCAGUACAGCCCCAUGCGGGGGGGCUUCGGGCCCGCGCCCGCCUGCGCCCCCCUCGCCUCCGCCAGCUGCGCCCUGGGUGCCCUCCGCGACCACCAGCCCUCGCCCUACUCGGCAGUUCCCUACAAAUUUUUCUCGGACCCGUCGGGAAUCAACGAGAAGAGGAAGCAGCGGCGGAUCCGGACAACAUUCACCAGCUCGCAGCUGAAGGAGCUGGAGAGGGUCUUUGCCGAGACCCACUACCCCGACAUCUACACCCGCGAGGAGCUGGCCCUCAAGAUCGACCUCACCGAGGCCCGGGUGCAGGGCUGCCUGCAUCCCCGGGCUCCCCGAGCCCCUAGGGACCGUGGCAAGGGGUGCUCCCGUGCCCUCCAUCCCCUCCAGGUGUGGUUCCAGAACCGUCGAGCCAAAUUCCGCAAGCAGGAGCGUGCGGCCAAUGCCAAGGGUGCCAGUGGCGCCGGCAGCACCGGGAAGAAGUCGGAGCCGCGCUCCUCCUCAGAAGACGACGAGUCCAAGGAAUCCAACUGCAGCCCGACCCCCGACAGCACGGCGUCCCUACCUGCUGCUGCCAUCGGCAGCCCCGGCGGCAGCCUGAGCCCCAGCCCUGGCGCGGGGGCACCCCUGGGACCCGGCCAUGCCCCCCAGCCCCUCAAGGCACCCCUCUGGGCAGGGGUGGGGGGCGGCAGCGGUGCCCCCAACACGGCCGAGCUGCUGAAGGCCUGGCAGCCCACCGAGGCUGUGCCGGGACCCUUCUCCGGCGUCCUCUCCUCCUUCCAUCGGAAACCAAACGGCAUCAAAACAAACCUCUUCUGA